ACCAAAAACACCGCCCCCUAGCAAAAAGCUAGUGUGCGGCUUUCACUAACUGUGACACAGGAGUGUCCUUUCCUGCUGGCUCCUUGAAUGCUCACGGGUAAUAAAUCUACAAUCGCACAUUGGACCAGUGUGGAGCCAUAGCUCGGGGAGUGGAUGAGGACAGCCGGUUCAUCAGCAAGCCCUGAGCUGGCUGAUCUCAGAACAGAGACGACACCUCUUUUAGGGAGAAUUUGAAGGAGUCUGGGAUAGCUGUGCCGUAAAGGCAUUUACAUUUCUAAGAUGUCAUGCAAACGAGCAGACGGGAUGUCCAUCGCUCAGGCGUUGGCCAUGACUGUAGCAGAGAUACCCGUGUUUCUCUAUUCCACAUUUGGGCAGUCCAUAUUUUCUCAGCUAAGGCUUACCCCGAGCUUGAAGAAGGUGCUGUUUGCUACGGCGCUGGGCAGUGUCGCUUUGGCUCUUACCGCACAUCAGCUGAAAAGGCGGGGGAGAAAAAGGAAGCAGGUAACACAAGGGAAAGAUGGCCAGAAGACAGUGGGAAUACCUGAAGCGCUGAUGAAGACAGGAAGACCCUCGUCAUUAAAGAGAGGCCAAUUUACUGGCCGACAGAUGAUGAGUCCUGGCAAUCGGAGCAACGACACCAUGAGUGGAAUUUCUUCCCUGGGCCCCAGCAAACACUCAAGCUCCUCACACAGCCUGGCAUCUACGCGAGUCCCAAGCUCUCCAAAUCAGUCUGCCAAUCCGCCCAUCCCCUGGGAAGCGGAGCCAGUGGUGGAAGAGUCGGGAGCAAUGGAGGAUGCAAAUGCAGAGAAUCUCUAUAUAAUGGGGAUGGAGCUGUUUGAGGAAGCUCUACGAAAGUGGGAGCAGGCCCUGAAUAUCCGCCAUCAACCCAGCUCGUCCUCCAGCAACAACAGCCUCGCUCUGCAGGGGGCCGCAUGUGGAGAGCUUCCUAUGGAUGAAUCCCGUAAUAACGUGUUUGCGGAGAAGUUAGAGACACUUCUGCACAGGGCGUACCACCUACAGGAGGAUUUCGGCAGCAGUAUCCCGACAGACAGCGUGCUGGCAGAUUUCGUCAGAGUUUGUGGUGUUCCUUUGGCAGAGAGUGAAGGAACUCUUAUCUUGCCUCAAGUGGAGAGUUUCCACAGACUGCAGGAUGAUGAUGCCACUACUGUUACCUCUGACGACUCCUUCUUCUCGGCUGCAGAGCUGUUUGAUGCCAUGUCUCUAGAAGGCGUCUACCAGCCCCUGAGGCCUGCAGCUCUCUAUGAAGAAGCCUUGUGUCUGGUGCGGGAGGGCAAAGUGCCCUAUAGGUCCCGGAGGACUGAAUUACUUGAAUGUUUUGGGGACCAAGACUUCCUUGCCAAGCUCCAAUGUGUGCGCCAAGCAUUCCAGUUCCUGUUGUUGGAUGAAACUCACCGCACAUUCUUCAUGGAGACCGGCAAGCAAAUGAUUGCAGGGUUAAUGGUGAAGGCAAACAAGAGUCCCAAAGGCUUCCUGGAGAGCUACGAGGACAUGCUGCUCUACACAAAGAGAGAGGGAACAUGGCCCGUCACCAAGAUGGAGCUGGAGGGUCGGGGGGUGGUGUGUAUGAACUUUUUCGACAUCGUGCUGGAUUUCAUCCUGAUGGACGCAUUUGAAGACCUGGAGAGCCCCCCCUCCUCUGUGGUGGCUGUGUUGAGGAACCGCUGGCUCUCUGACAGCUUUAAAGAAACGGCUCUAGCAACUGCUUGUUGGUCUGUACUGAAAGCAAAGAGGCGUCUUCUAAUGGUUCCCGAUGGUUUUAUCUCCCACUUCUAUGCCAUAUCAGAACACGUGAGCCCAGUUUUAGCGUUUGGGUUUUUGGGACCGAGGCAACACCUAAGUGAAGUGUGCACUAUUUUCAAGCAACAAAUCGUGCAGUACCUGAAGGACAUGUUUGAUCACGACAAGGUCCGCUUCACCUCCGCUCAGUGUCUGGCCGAGGACCUCCUGAACCUUUCCCACCGCCGGAGUGAGAUUUUACUGGGGUACCUAGGAAUAAACAGCCUUGUGGAGCUUAAUGGGGCCCUGCCCAGAGACACGGAGGAGUCUUCAGGGCCCAACUGUGAAAACUAAGUGCUUCACCGGGCUCAUGCAGGCCGGAUAGGGAAUGGCAUAAACUCGCAGCUCAUUCUGUCAUCAAGGAUUAAUCAUUGUCCUGUGAUAAACCAGCAUCAUUCUUUCAUCUGUGCUCAUCAAACCCACCUUAAUGUGAGAGGAUGUAUCUCACAUAGACAGAUCACUAGUACUGAUGAGGGUGAGCUGUUGGAUAACAUGAUUCCCUCCUUACCAGCUGCUGUGUUGCGUUUCAAGAUGUACUUAAGUAAUGUCAGUUGUCUGAGGACGUGUCUUUGCCUUGUUUGGGGACAUGGAUACUUCCUGUAAACACCAGAAUGAAGCGCUCCCAACACGUGAAGAGCAAGGGCUUUUGCUAAAUGACUCCACAUGGGUCGAGUCUCCACGGAGAACCAGUGGUUGCUUUUAGACGUUCCAUACAUCUGACUAGUGGGAUAUCAUGGUCGUCUUUUUUUUUUAAAGAAUUGCCGUGAGAGUCUGUCCGCAAAUGUGUUUUCUAUAUUAAAGGUGGAAGGAUGUUUGUUAAAAGCCUGAUAAAUCCUGACUACAUUUACAUGCACAACAUAUUAAUUUCUUUUGCCCUUAUUCAUUAAAAGACAACAUUCCUGGAAAGCUGUUACAAGGCUAAAGAAAAGGAGUAUUCCCAUUUACACUCAGCUGUCUAAUAAGGAUUAUUACAACGUUUUCAAUUGAUGGCAGCCUCCGUCUUUCAAUCCUUCAACCACCUUCUUGAAAGGGAAGGCUUUUUGUUUAUUUGCGCAUAUUCAGAAAAACCUGUUGGUAUGUAAGGAUUUCAUCAUGUUUAAAAGUAGGUGAGUUUCUUUUAUCCAUCCAGGAAUGUAGGUUCUGUAACCUGAAUAUCGACAUUUCCCAAUAAUUUGUGGAGAAAAUCUACAUUCAAAUUAAGUCCUAAUUGCAUUUACAUGACCCUUAUCCAAUUGGGAAUAUUAUUGUGCAUGUAAACGUUGUCACGGAUAGUCCUUGAAUCCCUCUUUAAAAAUAAAUAUCUAUUCCAAUUUGGUUUCAUCUAGCAGGCUAAGAUGUCACAUAUCCCAGAGACUGUUACAUGUAAAAGUACAUCAUGUAAAAAUAAUUAAGGGCAUUAACGUGUUCCCUAAGUUGAAUUAUCCCAAAGUGUUAUUGUGACCCCAGAUCAAAGCUGUCUUCUAAUGCAAUUGGACAUAUAAAUACAAAAGGUUUUGUAAAGUGUUACCCUCAGAUUUGACCUGGCAACAGAUGAAUAGUUGUUAAUGUUGACGUGCCACAGAGGGGUUAAAAAACUAUCCCACAACUAAUAACACAAUAGCGGGUGUGACAGGACCUCUUUGUUGCCAGAAAGAAAAUGUCUCAAACACAUCGGUGACCUUAGGAAACAAUGAGUAAAAUUGUAAAUUCAAAUCAAAAUUCAAUAGCUUUAUGAUUUAUUUUCUUAAAAUGUUAUAAUCUAAGUAUUUUUUUAAUUGAUCUCAAAUAUGUGGGCCUAAAAUGUAAUUCCCUUUAGGAAGUUAUAUGAAGAUAUAAAUCAAUGUUUUGAUUGUGAAAUGGCUAACAAUAGUUAUUCUUGCAUAAGGUUGUUCUUCAGAUCACUGGAUGUGAAUAAGAUCAGGGGAAGCAGAUUAUAAACCAAUCAGCUGGUUUCACUAGGACUCAUUUUCCCAGCAGAUAUUUUGACUUGUCAUAGAGAGGAGAGCACGUAAAACAGUAACUAUACCUGUAUUUUAUUCACAUGUGCUAUUUAGCCGAGACACAGGAUGCAUUAUAUCAAGAUGCUGAAACUGAAGAAGUUAAAAGGAAAUCAGACAUUAUUGAAUAGCAUUUUAAAAGAGGUUAUUUAGGCAACUUGCUUGGUGGUUCUCUCCCUUAUAUUUGUACUAUUGACAUUAGUGCCUUUCCUUCUGUGACAUGUCAAAUGGUCCUCCAUGAGUACACCUUCAGAGAUUUAGGAAAGAAAACACACUCUCCUUGUUGUAAUUGAUUAAGAACACGUGGGCAUUCCCCAUCACUAUACACGUUUUUAAAAUCGACACGCUGUAAAUCAAUCCGUGCCAUGUUGUAGUGUUAGUGAGGCAUUAGUUGUUUGUUUCAUGAAGAAGCAGGAUUUGUGCAGUCAGACUGUAAGCUAUAAGUGCACUGAUUAUAACCCUGACUUUGUUUCCUGUGAACAGAGACACUGAAGGGGCCAUAAGAUGCCAACAUGGGUAACUCCACUCCUGCAACAGCAGAUAUGUGUUAUGCAGAUUAAAUUGUUUGUUUAAACCGUCAAAUACUAAAUGAUCUCAAUGAAAUGUGAUUGAAAAGGUUAUUUAUUGUUAUCUGCAGUAAAAGCACAGUAUGUAUGCUUAUGGUUGCCUGCGUGAAUGAUAAAAGGGAAGACAUUCCUGUUGGAAAAUAUAUUAGUUCCACAGAUCUUUAAUAGUUUACCAUACAAAUCAGCAAGUCUUUAUUGAAAAUCAUAUAAAUGUGUGUUUCGUGGUCUUGAUAAUCCAAAUCUUGCUCUUGUUGCAACACCUCUUUGAAAUUCAGAGCUCAGAAAUGUCACAUGGCGCUUUGUGUUGAAGCAUUGUGGGAUUAUAUUUGAUAUAAGGUUUAGUUCCAACUUUAUAUAGAGCUUUUUAAUGAAAUUAUUUUAGUUCUAUGUUCUUGCAAAUGUGCAGCUUUGUGUUUUAAGCAUUUUGCACUUUAUCAGAGAAACAGAAAGAUGCAGGAAUGUCCAACAACCCUUUUUUCUAAUAAUCCCUUUGAGAGUUUAACUGUACAAACUGCAUUAUUUAUUGCAUCAUAGAACUGACAUAUUAUUAAGAGCAUAAAUGCUUUGUAUUAGAAGAAACAUCUUUCCCAGAAAACUUGACCAUUGAAAUGUUUUUUUUUUUCAGCUUACUUUCCAAAGUGCUAAUCUUAGUCUCUAUCUUUUAAAAUGUUUAAAUUCUCCUUAUUUUAUUUUGACUGCGUGUCGUCCAAUCCAUUCUCCCAUGCUUAAGUCCCUCAAAUAUAAUUCAUGCAAAUGCAAUUGCAGAAAGAAAAUGCUAAUGUUUAGUCUUGUGUUCACAUUAUGGUCUGCAGAAAUUAAUACCCUGCAUGUUAACAGUGUAGAUUCUUUAAAAUGCAUCAAUCACUGUAUCCCUGCAAGAUUUAGAGCCAGGCUGGUUGUUUUAGAAGCUAAUUUAUAACCAAUUGAACGUCAAAAGUGCAGGCAUGGGCUCUCCUUUCGUGUGUAUUCAUGAUUAUAGAGUGAAACGAGGAUAUCAGACGGCCAGAAUGUGGAAGUAAUAUUUUUUUUCUCUUUCAAAAUUCACUGCUGUAUAUGAUAAGUGUUGUAUUCAUGCCUUUUGUCUUUUCUAUUGUUAAAUUACAAUGCCAUCACACUGAACUGUAAAUUGAUUUUGAUUAUCCUUAUUAAAUGUUAUUUUUUGUUAUUAAACAAUAUGUUUAUGAUGCCUUUUCCCAACUGA